UCCAGCUGAUCCCCGAAAAGCUGCUGAGAAGAGAUGAGGCCACAUUUAAUGAUUCGAGGAAGGGGGGGGCGGGGCGGUCCUAACUUGAUCUCUGAUUGACAAGCGAGACAUAAUCCCCAGUUCUUCAAAAGUGGGGCUGGGUGCUGUGGGGGCAUGCCCAGAGUGGGGCAACUGGGAGCUGUUGCUCUGCAGGAACUUAGGGGGCAUGUACAGAAAUUGGGGUGCAGGAGAACGGGGUGAAGGCAGGAAUGUACUCCGGGCUGCCCCUUCGGCUCUUUGAUGGCCCGUGUCUUCUGCAGACGGACCAGCAGGCUGAGGCCCGGUCCUACCUCAGCGAGGAGAUGAUCGCUGAGUUCAAGGCCGCCUUCGACAUGUUCGACGCGGAUGGCGGCGGGGACAUCAGCGUCAAGGAGCUGGGCACCGUGAUGAGGAUGCUGGGCCAGACACCCACCAAAGAGGAGCUGGACGCCAUCAUCGAGGAGGUGGAUGAGGAUGGCAGCGGUACCAUCGACUUCGAGGAGUUCUUGGUCAUGAUGGUGCGCCAGAUGAAAGAGGACGCCAAGGGCAAGAGCGAGGAGGAGUUGGCUGAGUGUUUCCGCAUCUUCGACAGGAACGCGGACGGCUACAUCGACGCCGAGGAGCUGGCGGAGAUUUUCCGGGCCUCCGGGGAGCACGUGACAGACGAGGAGCUCGAAUCCCUGAUGAAGGACGGGGACAAGAACAACGACGGCCGCAUUGACUUCGACGAGUUCCUGAAGAUGAUGGAGGGCGUGCAGUAAGAAGUCGGCCCUUGCAGCCACCGACACCGCGCGGCCCUCGGGCGUGGGCGGCACUGCGCCCCGGGCCGCUCGCGUCCCCCCGCCCCGGGAGGGAGGCGCGGCCCCGUCUGGGGAUGUGUCUGGAAGGAAUAAAAGGAAAUGUUGCA